CGCCAAAUGUUGAUGGACGAGAUGGACAUCAUGGCAUGGGUAACGAAACAGAGUCGUCGGGGACUGAAUCUGGGGCUGAUGGGGCUGGUGGAAAGUUGGGAAGACGAGAAUAACGUCUACUUUGUCAUGGGUUUGCACCGCGGCUCACUGCGGCAGUACAUGGAGCUCCAAUGUGAUCUCGCGUUGGACGGCGCUGAUCGUCAGAAGAAGUUCGAGUUGAAGCAUGUUAAGCAUCACGCAGAUAGGUUCUACAUGGCGCAGUCGAUUUUCUCACUCUGGCACCUGCACGGCGCCGGGGUGGUGCAUCGGGACAUCAAACCAGACAACCUCCUCCUUGACAAAUACGGCCGGUGCACCCUCGCCGACUUCGGUCUGGUGAUGCGCGCCGACGUCCCCGGCAAGGUCUCCUUUGAGAACGUCAUGUCCUCGCGAGAAUGCGGCACGGAGGAGUACUUCGCGCCCGAACAGCGCCGUGCCCUACCAUACAACUACAAGGUCGACAUCUGGGCGCUCGGCUGCGUCUGGGUAGAGCUCCUCGCCGGACUGGACGAACCGUGGACCCAACACGGCAGUUUCCCAGAAAAACACAUCGUCUACUACCGAACAAAGGGGGCCCGGGAAGGCGUGCGCGAAAGCGUAGUCGAGCUGAUCGGCGAAGAUCACCCUGCACUGGAACUCGUUCUAUGGGUGAGUCUUCUUGAACACGAGCGUUCUCCGACGCUCCUGGGUUCGCCAACGGCUGACCGGCCCACUGCAGAUGACCCAACCGGAUCCUGCUAA